GGACGCGGAAUUUGAAUUUUUCUUUGCGGUUAAUUAUUUCCCACCAAACAGACAGCGCGCUUUUCGGUGUGACAAGCGCGGGAGGAAAACGCGCGCGCGGAAUUUUCCUCAAACGAGUGUCCUCGUUUGGAAAGCCUGUUUUUGUCGGAAAAGCAAAACACUUGGGAAAACUUUUCAUUCCGGUGCUGCUGGCAGUGAAUAACGUGAAUAGUACACUACUUUCAGCGUAGUUUUUGUGUUUGUGUUUUCCCCCUGUGGUGCCGAAACAAGAAGAAGAAUCGAGUUUGCAAAUUUACCUCAGCGCUGAAGAUUUUCCACGUGCUUAUCAAAAGUUUCGUGUACUUCAACUGACCCACCAAUCAGCAUGAGGAAGAGAAGAGUCAAAUGAAUCAAAUGGCAUCGAACGAGCCUCCGUGGAAAAUUUAGUUCAGUGAAAAAAUAGCCCGAAAGUGAGUCUGUAUGUGCUUGCAAGUGCUCCCAUGCUGCACCAGAAGAAAAUCAUCCGACGAGUGAAGUGCAAAAAAGUGAAAACAAAGUGCAAUAGAAAAAUAUAAAUAAGUCAAUAUUGUUCGGUUUAAAGGAAGAAAAGCGAAAACAACCCGAAACAUCGACACCCGCCCGCCGGAAAAUCGGGUCACCCACUCUCUUGUGCCGGAAGCAAAGCAAAGCUGCUCCGUCUGGCUUUACGACGACGAUGAAGUGGAACAAAAAACCAAAACAAUCGAUUUCCAGCGUCACAUCAAUGUCCUUCCUGUCGGACGAGAACCUGACCUUUCACCGGUUCUCCGAUGGCACCAUUUCGUUCGCGUCGGAGCGCAAAAAGUCCGAGGGUGGUGCCGGCGCCACCGUCCUGGGUAACGGACUGAUCGUCAAGCCGGGCGGCCAAACGUUGACGAUCGACCGGGCUCACCACCGGAAGGCCCACGCUGGCGCCACCGGCGGCGGUGGGUUCAUCCCGUCCGGUUCGACACCGAUCUGGACGACCCACGCGGCGUUCAACAACUACACGACUAACAACACGAUCGCGGCCAACGGCAACCGCAGCGGAAGUGGCAGCGACAAUAACGCCACGACCACGGCCGGAAUUCCGACGGCCAACGAUCUGCGGUACCUGUCGUCCCCGACCAACGCCAACAACUCCAGUGUCAUGCACAACGGCUCGACGGUGAAGCUGCUGUCGACCAAGAUCAGCUCGCAAAACAACGUCAACGUCGCCGAAAGCGAUGAUCAGUCAAACAAACAGUCAAGAUCAUCAAUAUUUCGCGGCGUGUUACUAUGCCUGUGUCUGAACCUGACCUACGCCAACGUGGCCCGGUUCCCACGCGAGCUGCAGCAGCACGGGUCCGCGUUCCUCGUGCCGUACCUCAUCCUGCUGCUGCUGGUCGGACUGCCGGUGGUGCUGCUCGAGAUCUCCCUCGGCCAGUUCCUGGGGCAGGGUUCGGCCCACAUGUGGCGCGCGGCGCCCUUCCUCAAGGGUGCUAGCCUAGUCGGCCGCAUCGCUUCCUGGCUGGCGGCGAUCUGGACCUCGAUGCAGUCGGUGAUUGCGCUGCUGUACGUCGGCAUGCUGUCAAUCAAAUCUGUGCCAUUUAGAGAGUGUGAUAAGGCGGUGACGAUCAACCAGCAGUCCAUUCAUGACGGUUAUGAGGUGGAAACCAACAACGGACAGGAAUGUUUGAAAUUAACAUUUCUCCGUCCAGUGUGGCGAAGUUCCCUCUACUUUGGACUGCUGGCGUUGAGUUUGAUACUUUUGUGGGUCAUUUCCAUGGUGUGUACUCACAGCGCCAAGAUCAACCGGCGGUCGAUCUACCUGUUUGGCUUUCUGGCGCUGAUCCUGCUGGUGUUCCAGACCGGCUGGGAGGUGACCAAGGCCAUCAACGAGGAGUACGUGCCCGAGCUGUGGCCCUUCUAUCCGGAGUCGUUCGCGGACAGUACGGUGUGGUUCAACGCGCUGGUGCAGGUCAUCUACUCGCUCAACAUCGGCAUCGGGGCGAUUCCGGUGCUGACCGGGAAGUUUCUCUACAAGGGCGAUGCCAUCAAGACAUCUUUCGUGUACAUCUUUUUCAACAUCCUCAUCACGACGAUCGCGGUCGUCUUCUACGUGUUCCAGUUCCACAACACCGCCCCCGCCAGUCCGGACCUGCUGUACCCGGAGUUGGCCACCCUGACGGCAGUGUACGACCGAGCCGUGACGGUGAACGAGUCGGACCCGCUGCUGCAGCGCAUCAUCCCGGGUCUGUCGUUUGCGCUGCUCUUCGUCUGCUCGCUGGUGUCCGUGACGAUCUACAUCUACACCUCGACGCGUAUGAUCCAGAAGCACCCGAACUACACCGUUUGCCUGGCUGGACUAGUUGUCGCAAUAGCCGGACUAUUGUGCCCCAACUACAUCUUUCCCCGACUGCUGGACACGCGGAUCGUUGGGUCGCUGAUCGUGUGUGCGAUGAUCUUCGAGAUCAUCAUGAUCAUUUGGGUGUACGGGUCGAAGAAUUUGUACACGGAUCUGGAGUUUUCGCUGGGGCGGCCGGUGUUGAAGGCGUGGCUGUUCAUCUGGGGGAUCAUUCCGGUGCUGUUGAUCGCGAUCUUGUCCUGGUGGACGAUUACCUACUUUGACAACGACCUGCUGAUUGACUUCUUCCCCAAGUGGAUGUCGGUGGUGUUUAGUUUGGUGGUGAUCAUGUUGUUGGCUUGCGUGGAGAUUAGCAAACAGGUCGAUUACAACAUCUUCAGCAUGAUUCAUGGCGCUACGAAACCAUCGAAAGAUUGGGGACCGGCGGAUCCUCUGGUGCGUCACGCCUGGAAACAGUGGAAGUCCGUGUGCGAGGACACCGGUGAACGGGACUUUACGCUGCGACGGCGUGGAACCAAAGACUACACCAACUCGAUCAAGAAGGGCCAGUACUCGCACUCCAACAAGUACGGAUCGUCCAACCGGAAUCUCUCGACCGCGGGCAGCAACUCGCCCAACUACAGCGGCUCGGUAUUUGGAGAUUCGGCCAUUGAAGAGGACAUCAGCGUUGACAAGUACCCGCAGUACAAGCAGAAGAACACCGCGUACAGCGUAGACUCGAUCAGUCAGGAAAAGUCCCCGCACGCGUCAGCAAGCUCGCGAAAAUCCUCCCAAACCGACAAGCGGACGCCGAGCGAACGAAGCCAAGCUGGGCUGAUCAACUCGAGGAAGACCUCGGACAACAGCUUCACGUCGCGCAUCGAAAUCAUGGCCGAUGACCACGGCUACCGGGGUGGUGCCAUCGUGCGGAAUCCCCUCGCCAAGGUGGACAAAGUCAACCAGCUGGCGCCGCCCGUGCCGACGUAUCUGCUGUCGAGCCAGGCCAAGCCAGCACAGCCAAAACCACAGAACAAUGCUCAAACCAACAAGAAUCCGUACCCGGACGAGGGCUACAACCGGGACAUUUUCAUCAGCAACGGCCAGGCGGACCACAUCUGCUGGCGAAAGUUCUCCAUCAACUCGGAGGAGUACUCCACGGAGCUUUAAAACAGUGAACUUGUUUUAUAGAUAUAGUCGUUUCGUUUCGUUAUUUUUGGUCCCGCCCCCAACCACGUUGUGUAAAUAUUAGUAUAUUAGUUCGAGAGAUCGUUGAGUGAUCGUAACGGAACCGAGCAGUAGGAUUUCACCUACGAAACCUAGGAAAAAGCCAAACUUAUUUAUUGUAAUAACUAAACCUAAAAAGCGAAUCUAGUGUCACCUUUUGUAAUUUUUAAAAACACACACACACAUUCCUUACUCUCUAUCUAUCUGAAUCUUUAUUGGUAAAGUGUAACACGAAGGAAACAAGUUAAACAAUUUGAAACCCGCUCCCUAAGUUCGUGUUAGGGUCGAAUAGGACUGAUUUACGCAAUAGAUGUUAUGUAAUUGAAUCCGUUUUGUUUUCUCAUUUUUCUUCGCUGUUAUAUGGUGUUAGAAGAACCCCUCUUAAGUAGAGAAUAGUUACGCUUAGCAACGCCAACGCAAAACGUUAUGAGCAACAAUUCAAUUGGUAGUUUGUUACGGAAUAUCUAUUGGAAGAAGUCUUUCCUAAAAAGGAAUUACAGUAGAAAGUUAGAAUAAAUCGAACGAGGUGUACAUACUACUAUUACAGAAGAAAAUAAAAAAAUAAAA